AAAUAGUGAAGUGAUGAGCAAGUCUGAAUUUGUGUGGUCCACGAAUGAGAGUGUGAACAAAAAAGUUGCAGUAUGUCUUCUAUGCAAAUCCAGAGGAUUAGAGAAAGAAAUCAAAAUGGCUGACUCCGACACCUCUGGAUUGAAGAAGCAUCUACUUAAGGAACAUCCCACAGAAUAUGAAGUGACAUAUUUGCAAUCAAAGAGCACGCAGCAGACGGACGAAAUUUCAUUCAGCCAAGAAGAGUUUCAUAAGAAGCUGGUCGAAUGGUUAGCGAAGAAGUACUUGCCCUUCAAUUUCUUCGAUGACGCAUUUACUCAUAACAUUUUUAAAUCUUUAAACCAAGAUACAGUUUUGUAGAAGAGAACUGCUAUGAGGGACAAAGUACUUCAACGGUUUGAAAUUAUGCAGCAAGCAGUGAAGUAAAUUUUAUCCGGAAUAAAAUCAAAACUGUCCUUCACCAUCGACGGCUGGACUUCCAUCGACAACAGAUCCUUUUACGGUAUCACCGUGCACUUCAUUUACGAAAUGUGGACACUACAUUCCAUGGUCCUCGAUUUCAUCCCAUUUGCUGGUAAGCAUUUAGGCAGAGACAUCGUAGAGUUGGUCAUGAAAUGUUUAGAGGACUAUGGACUUUGUGGAAAGGUGCAGAGUAUCACAGUGGACAAUACUGCUGCGAAUACCACCUUGAUGUCCCAGCUUUCACACCUCCUGCAAUCAGUCCACGGGGAAAAUUUUGAUUCCAUUGAUCAGUAUUUUCGAUGCUUUGCUCACAUCCUCAACCUUGGCGUACAGGCAUUACUGGAAGUGAUUGGAGAAGGCGCAAAAGCUGCCGACCUCAACGAUGGAAGAAAUGAUAAUGAUACUGAAGACACCAGUGACGCAGAAGAUGAAGAAGUUGCUAGGGAACAGCUGGUCAUUAACAGGCUAAGGGCUUUCUUUAAAAAAAUCAGAGCAUCUGAACAGCUAACGGAAAAAUUUUAAUUAGUUUGCCACACGUGUGGUCUUGAACACUUGGCAACAAUUUUAGUUGUGUGUACUCGAUGGAACUCAACUUUUGCUAUGAUUAAAGUUGCACUGAGAUUGGAGAAAGCGAUAAAAUUGUUCUGCACCUGCAACAACUACCACCGUUUAAAUCUGGGCGAAGCUGAUUGGAAAAUAUGCUUAGUGUAGAUUAUUUGUUAUUAAAAUCUGCUAUUAACAAUAA